AUGACUCGAGGUCGGAAGCCUGUUUCGGCUACUAAUUCUUCUCUGCAGGCUGAAAGCCCGGCAAGCAAGAAACGCAAGAGAGAUGAGACUGAUCCUAACGAAAUCACCCCGACAGGUAAACGGACGAACAACGUCUUGAUGGACAGUCCACGAUCUUCGCGCCGCUCACGACCAGUUGCGGCCAGCAGUGUCGUCAAGGAAGAACAGAUAUCUAACGUCCAAGUGUCUCAGAAUGGUUCCAUAACUAUAAAAGAGUCGGAGGAAAUCGAUAUCUCGAUCCAGAAACCCCUGGGCAGCAAAGCGAGAAAAUCGAAGGCUACGAAAGCCGAACUAGUAGAUGAACAAGGAUCGGGGAGUGAGGGAGACGUCAGACCUAAACAAAAGAGCAAGGCAAAAGCCAAACCGGUCUCAGACGAAGGAGACGAAGCUGCAGACGCAACCAAAUCCAAACGAAAACGCAAGACGCAGGAAGAGAAGGACGCAGAAGCAAUGCCUCUAGCAGCUCGGACAAUCGGGUCGAAGAUGUUUGUUGGGGCGCAUACGAGCAUUGCCAAAGGAGUUGAAAAUGCAGUGACGAACUGUCUACACAUAGGUGGAAAUGCUUUUGCAUGCUUUCUCAAGUCUCAGCGGAAAUGGGAGAACCCUCCAUUACAAGAUGUCAAUCGAGAUGCAUUCCACAAAGCCUUGGUCGAGCACAAAUACGACGGAAUGAAGCAUGUUGUUCCACAUGGGAGUUACCUCGUCAAUCUGGCAAAUGCCGAUAAAGAUAAAGCUAAGCAAUCAUAUGAUGCAUUUAUCGACGAUCUAAGACGGUGCGAAGCUCUAGGGAUCAAGUAUUACAACUUCCAUCCAGGAGGCGCUGGCACUAGCUCAGUCAGUGAAGCAAUUGGACGACUUGCAGCCAACUUGAAUCGAGCAUUAUCCGAGACCAGUACAGUGGUGCCUCUGCUGGAAAAUAUGGCUGGACAUGGCACCCUCCUAGGAGGUCGUUUCUCCGAUCUACGUGACGUUAUCGCCCAAAUCAAGCCAGAAUUCAAGUCUCGGAUAGGCGUGUGCAUUGACACAUGUCAUGCCUUUGCAGCUGGAUACGAUUUAAGAACACCAGAGGCAUUUCAAAAGACCAUGAAAGAAUUCGAUGAUGUGGUGGGAAUACAAUAUCUCAAAGCCAUGCAUCUCAACGACUCCAAAGCACCCUUUGCCAGCCACCGUGACCUCCACCAGAAUAUCGGACUGGGGUUUCUCGGACUUCGCGCAUUCCACAACGUCAUGAACGAGCCGCGCUUUCAGGGUCUUCCACUCAUCCUCGAGACACCUUCCGAAAAGGCCGACCCCAGUGAUCCAAAGGGCAAGAAGAUGAUGGAGGACAAAUCUGUUUGGGCUAAAGAGAUCAAGUUGCUCGAGAGCCUCGUUGACAUGGAUCCUGAGAGCCAAGAUUUCAAAUCCUUGGAGAAAGACCUGAGCAACAAGGGCAAAAAAGAGAGAGCAGAAAUGCAGGCUCAAUUUGACAAGAAGCAGGAGAAGGAGAACAAGAAACUCGCCAAAGACCUUGAAAAAGGCCAGCGAAGUCUGGCCGACAUGUUUGCCAAAAACGGUGGUGCACCAGCAUCCAAGGCACUUUCCAAGCCCAAAAAGAAAUCCAAGCGUGAAACGGAGAGUGAUUCGAGCGACCUGAGCUCUGUUGGCGACCUCAGUGAUGAUGAAGAAGGGCAUGUGCAUUGA